AUCACGCCUGCCUCUUCAGAUUAACAGACAAGAAGAGGACCCAGCUACAUCACGAGCCUUUCUGCAAGCCAGGCAUUUGACAAAGAAGCCAGGAACAAAACUAAAGAGCAACUUAAAGUGAAUGCGGCUGUUUGUCCAGGAUGUGUACUCCAGGAUUAAAAAUCUGAGAGGGGUUUCGGGCAGAAAACGAAGAGGAGCUUCGUUUGACCAUACUAAGCAUGUUCAGAUGCAUCGGGCAAGGCUCGUUGAUAGACACGGGAACGUACUGCUACACUGGCCCUCGGGCCCGCAACUCCAUGGUAUCGGCCCAGGCGCCGUGUGACGUAAUUUCCUGCGCGACUCUACUAACGCGGAACCAAGAUGGCGGCGGCGAGUGGACGUUGGCUGAGGAACUGCUGCGCCCUCCUCAGGUACCCGCGGUGGGAGCCGCCCUCUUCCCCGUUACGCUCCGCCACCGAGUAACGGAGGUGCUUUUUCUCAGUAAGAAGCAGAGUUUUCCAGUCCUGGCAAAUGUGAGGACUCGCCAUGUGUUGGGAUUGAGGGGACCAUGGAAGAAAGUAGCAGCACUGGGGUUUGGCAUCACUUUGUCUGCAAUUCCUAUUGCACAGAAACAUGACCCAGGUUCUCUUAGCAAUGAAGCCUUGAUCCGAAGAGCUGUCUCUUUGGUAACUGAUAGCACUGGUACCCUUCUCAGUCAAACCACAUAUGCCUUAAUUGAUGCUCUAACCGAGUACACAACGGCAGUCUACACACUGGUGUCGCUGUACCAGAAAUACACACAUCUUCUUGGAAAAAUGAAUCCCAAAGAGGAGGAUGCCGUGUGGCAGGUUAUCAUUGGUGCUCGAGUAGAGAUGAGUACAAAGCAGCAAGAGUACCUGAAGUUAGAAUCCAGAUGGAUGACCGCCUUGCGUCUUUCAGAGAUGGCAGCAGAAGCAGCAUAUCAAUCAGGAGCUGAUCAGGCCGCUGUGUCAACACACAGCCACAUUCAGCUGGUGAAAACCCAAGUGCAAGAUAUAAGGCAGUUGUCCCAGAAGGCAGAGACCAAGCUGGCUGAAGCACAGACCGAGGAGCUGCUGAAACAGAAGGAAGAGGAACCUUCGCUGCCAUCCAGUCAACGAGGGAGCGCCGGAGAAGCAGAUGAAGCCUACCUGCGGGAAGACUGAGGUGGCGACAGCCUUGAAGGGAAAGUUGACAUGAGGCAGAAAGAUGGGAACCAGAAGGGCAUCUACAGCCUCUUUUUGUGUUACCAAACGAGCCAGCUGUAGGCCCUGAACUUUCAAGCCUGCAUUUCACAUCUAUUGGGAGGUUUUCCCCCCUUUGUUUAAAUGUGAAAAUUGCAAGAGCUAGCGGAGGUGUGUUUUCCUAGCUGUUGAGAUCUAUUAUUGGAAUGGCUAAUUGAGAUGAUUCAGUAAUAGAUCCCUAACUCCCUGAAGCUUGGAUGUAAUCAUAGGUUCCAAUCCAAGAGGGCUGUUUAUGUUAUAAAGGAAACUACGUCAUGUCACAGACUACUGCACUUGGAACUCAGUAGCAGCAUUGCCAGAAAGCCAGCUAGGAGGAUAUGUUUUUUUUAAUUAUGUGAACUCAAACAACUUGCAGUAAAGAGUGUGUUUGAAUAGAA